CUGCAGCCAAGGCCAGCAGCACCUCCCCGAGGACCUGAGCGCCUGCGCCAACCAUGUCGGACUAUGAGAACGAGGAUGAGUGCUGGAGCACGCUGCAGGGCUUCCGCGUGCAGCUCAUCUCCACCAUUGACCCCGCGCGCAUCACGCCCUACCUGCGCCAGUGCAAGGUCCUGAACCCUGACGAUGAGGAGCAGGUGCUUAGCGACCCGAGCUUGGGCAUCCGCAAGCGCAAAGUGGGUGUCCUCCUGGACAUCCUAGAGCGUACUGGCCUCAAGGGCUACGUGGCCUUCCUCGAGAGCCUGGAGCUGUACUACCCACAGCUGUACAAGAAGGUCACGGGCAAGGAGCCCACCCGUGUCUUCUCCAUGAUCAUUGAUGCAUCGGGGGAGUCGGGGCUGACCCAGCUGCUGAUGACGGAGGUCAUGAAGCUACAGAAGAAGGUGCAGGAGCUGACGGCGCUGCUGGGCGCCCAGGACGCCCUGGCCCAGGAGCUGCGGGUCAAGGACGGCCUGCUGCGUAAGCACCAGGAGCGCGUGCAGAGGCUCAAGCAGGAGUGCGAGGCCAGCGGCCGCGAGCUGAAGCGCUGCAAAGACGAGAACUUCGAGCUGGCCAUGCGCCUGGCCCGUCUGAGUGAGGAGAAGGGAGCGGCGCUCAUGCGGACGCGUGACCUGCAGCUCGAGGUGGACGAGCUCCGGCACAGCCUACUGAAGGCGGAGGAGGACUGCUCGGUGGAGCGCAAGCACACACUGCGGCUGCGUCGGGACAUGGAGCAGCGGCCCAGCCACGAGCUGCUGUGGGAGCUGCAGCAGGAAAAGGUGCUGCUGGAGGCCCGCGUGCAGGAGCUGGAGGCCUCGGCGCAGGAGGCGAAGCGGGACCGGAACAGCCCCUACAUCCAGGUGCUGGAGCAGGACUGGAGGCAGGCGCUGCGCGAUCACCAGGAGCAGGCCAGCACCAUACUGGCCCUGCGCAAGGACCUCCGUCAGGGCGAGGCCCUCCGCAUCCGGGAGAAGGAGGAGAAGGAGCUGUUUGAGUUGCAGUGCCAGGCCCUGCGCAAGGAUGCCAAGAUGUACAAGGAACGCAUGGAGGCCGUGCUGCGGCAGCUGGAGGAGGUGGCUGAGGAACGGGACCAGGCCAUUGCCACGCGUGAGCAGCUGCACGGGCAGCACGCCCGCAGCCUGCAGGAGAAGGAUGCACUGCGCAAGCAGGUUCGGGAGCUGGGCGAGAAGGUGGACGAGCUGCAGCUGCAAGCGUUCCAGCGCGAGGGGCGCCUGUUGGCUGCCGAGGGCCGGCUCCAGCAGCAGCAGCCCGCCACCCCCGGCCUGGAACCCCAGAGCUCAGAUCCAGAGGAUGAUUCACCCCAGAAUUCCCAGGAGUUCACCGGGGACCCAGAGGACACCCUGUUAUCCGACAGAGGUGAGGAGGAGGCUGCCCUGCCUCCUGAGUCUUGUGGCCUGGAGGUGACGGAGCAGCCCUCAUUGACCCCCACCAUAAAGUGCCCGGUCACAGGGUCCCUCGGGACCGGGGUGUCGGGAAGGGGGUCCCUCCUCCAGGAGGCAGGUGUGGGCAACGAGCCCCCCGAGAAGGAGCGCCGGCGCCUCAAGGAAAGCUUCGAGAACUACCGCAGGAAGCGGGCGCUCCGGAAGAUACAGGGUGAGGCGGACCGGGAGGCCACCACGGGUAGUGACAACUCGGACACCGAGGGCUCCUAGCAUCCCCGCCAGAGCCCGCCUCGCCGGAGAGGGACCCCGUGCGGGGACGGCAGGCGGGUGGCU